AUGGCAGCACGCACAGGAAAAGCUCUGUUUGAUUUGGAGCGUAAGGUGGCACUUGUAACAGGAGCUAGUUCUGGUUUAGGACGAGCCAUGGCAACUGCACUUGCGACAGUUGGAUGCGAAGUCAUUCUAGCUGCUAGACGUGUUGAUAUGCUCGAGGAAGCGGCGUCAGAAAUCAGUCAACUCUCUAAAAAUGAUAAUGUGUCGCACGUUCAAGCUGAUUUGAUGACGGACGAGGGCGUGAGCGCGCUGGCUGAUUACUGUCUCUCAUUGGAUCAUUCUCCAGAUAUUCUUAUUAAUGCCGCGGGAGUCAAUCUAAGACAGCCGGAAGAAGCUAUCACUCCUGAGUCCUGGGACACGACAUUGCACUUAAACCUCAAGGUUCCAUAUUUCUUGGCGCGGCAAUUGGCUCCGAACAUGAAGGAGAGAAACUGGGGCAAGAUUGUUAACAUUGCUAGUCUGCAAUCUGAACGUGCAAUGCCAAAUAGCAUCCCCUAUGGUGCCUCCAAAGGUGGAGUGAGCCAGUUGACAAGAGCCAUGGCCGAAGAAUGGAGCAAAGACGGCAUUUGUGUGAAUGCCAUUGGCCCUGGUUUUUUCCCUACAGAACUCACAGCCAAGGUAUUCGCUGAUGAUGAGCGUGCCAACAGAUUGGCUGCACAAACAUGCAUCGGGCGCAACGGAACUAUGCAAGAUGUUCAUGGCUUGACCAUCUUCCUAUGCUCACAUGCCUCUGAUUAUAUCACUGGACAAACAAUCUUUUGUGACGGCGGCUUCACUGCGAAAUAG